AUGCGGCUACAUGAAAUGCCUUCCUCUCACACUUCAUUCCUCGCUGCCAUCAUCCUCACUCGGCCUAUCACCGCAGCGCUCUUACCGGAACUCCUCCACAGCUUCGAAGACCUUCAAGAUGUCCGAAAGAGAUGUGAUAAUCCCUGUGGAUAUUAUGGACAACUAUGCUGUGAAGCAGACCAAGCUUGCUACACGGAUUCCAACAACCAAGCCCAAUGUGGCGUCGUCGCUACCACGGCCGUCGCAUCCGGUCAGUGGGAGUAUUACACGACCACUUAUGUGCAAACAGAUCUUAAGACGGUCACCGAGACAUUCAGUUCAUACGUUCCCGUCAGCACGCUCAGCUGUUCGUAUUCCCUGGGCGAGACUCCGUGUGGGAAUGUUUGCUGUUUGUCCGGCCAAUAUUGCCAGGCCUCGGGGAUCUGUGUCGCCGUUGGAGGGGAUAGUUCUGGACACUACAGCAGUCUCUACACCGUCACGACCGUCGUCACCAACACCGCCAGUGCGCCACUACGGCCUACCAGCAACACGCUCGUCACCGUCACCUCCAUCGGUGGCGCCACCACCACCCAGCCCUUCGUGACACCCGUCGGCACCGAUGGGAGUAUCAUCUACGGCACCACCUCGAGUUCCAGUGGCGGCUUGAGCGGAGGCGCAAUUGCUGGCAUUGUCAUCGGCGUCAUUGCCGGAGUAAUUAUCCUCCUCCUUAUCUGCGCCUGCUGCUGCUUCAAGGGCUUGAUUGAUGGAUUGCUGGCCAUUUUCGGCCUAGGCCCCCGACGAAGAAGACGCACCGAGGAAGAAGUGUACGUGGAAAGACGCUCUCGUCGAAGUGGACGAGGAGGACGGACCUGGUUUGGCACAAGACCGUCGAGAACCUCGGUGGUGGAAGAAAAGAGGACCGGUGGGUGGGGUAGGGUGGGCUGGGUGGCUGCCAGUUUAGGUGCUCUAGCUAUCUGGCUCGGAUUGAAGAGAAGAAGUCGACGGGACGACAAGAGCAGCUCCGGCUAUGGCAGUUCUUACUACUCAGAUUAUACAGUUUCCAUGAAAGCUCCUCAGACCGACGGACGAGGCGGAGCAGCCGAUCCCGAUCCCGACCCCGACGAUGAUUGUGAAUUACGAUUGAUGGAUUUGAAGCGGGCCUUGGUGCACCAUUGCAUGAAUAUGGAUCGGGAUUAUUGA